UUGGCCGGUACCGGUUGUAGUCCAAUAAGGACGCCUUAGGGGGAGGGUGUAAGUGAGUGUCCUCCAAUCAAUUGGGCCGUAUACCUCUCCCAUUGGCGGGCAAGUCUGCCCUUGGGUCAGAGCGCACUUGCCCAAUUGGCGGCUACCAAGGGGGGCGUGGCACGGCGCGGUACUGAGGCAGGUAGCUGAGAGUCUGUCCGGCGGCGAGCUGCAGCCUGUGCAGUCCCGUCCGCGGCUGCGUCGGCAAGCAUGGCCGGCCUAGGGCGGCCGGGCCCGGGGUCGCGCACCGCGAUGCCCGCCUGGAAGCGGGAGAUCCUUGAGCGGAGGCGAGCUAAACUGGCCGCCCUGAGCGGAGGCCCGGGACCCGGAGCGGCGCCGGAGGGACAGAACGAGAAGCUGGUUCUGGCGGAGAGUCUGGGUCCGCUGAGCGAGAACCCCUUCAUGAGACUUGAAUCGGAGCGGCGGCGAGGGGCACGGCCGGCGGAGCAGCUGCUGGAGCUGUACCGUCGCGUGCCGGGCGUGCGUACCAUCCGAGCCGACAACAUCCUCAUCAUCGAGUCCACUCCUGGCUUCCCGCCCGCCUUGCCGCCCGCUGCGGGCAUCCGCGCUGCCGAGGUAGUGGUGUACGAGGCGCCUCAGGAGGCGCCUCAGCCGGGCCGUGUCAGCCGACUGCUGGAGAAGUUCGACUCGCCGUCCUCCCCCCGCAGCCGCGGGAGCCCGGAGCGCUCCCACUCUGGGCUUCCGCAGCUUCCCGUGGCGCCUCCAUCUACUGCCACGCGCGCUCCCACCAAUCGGUCGUUGGCUUCUGCCCCAUCGGUGCGUCCCAGCCAGCCCGCACUCCCUGUUUCGCCUGUUCUCGUUGCCCCGCGCGCGAGUCAGCGCUCCGCCUGUUGCGAGCCCGCGCACCCCGAUGGUACCGCGGGUCCUGGGGCCCGGCGCAGCGACUUCCUACGGAAGACGGGGAGCAACUCCUUCACUGUCCACCCCCGGGGCCUGCCCCGCGGUGCGGUCAAUCACUCGCUUUCUAAUGGACCCGUGACCCAGAAGUUCCCGGCCGGCCCUGUCAAUGGGUUGUCGGGCUCUCCUCCUGUUCCGGGCAAGUGGAAGCCAAAGGUGGAGUCAGGGGGACCCUCCCUCCACUCACCCCCAAGCCCUGGGACCCCAAGUGCCACUCCGGUUGGGCCCCCUGCCAUGCCGGCGCCCAGCCCAACCAGUGCCACCCCCAACCAGCGCCGGUGGGUCUCCUCUGCCACCAGCGCCAAUGACUCCUUCGAAAUAAGGCCAGCCCCCAAGCCAGAUGUGGAAACUAUCCCAGUCGGGGACCUUCAGGCCAGGGCCCUGGCCAACCUCCGUGUUAACUCCCGCAACUCCUUCGUGUUGAUCCCCAAGCGCAAGGCCCUUGGGAACCAUCCUUCGGAGGGGAGGCAGUCAGAGGAGCCAAACCGGGAGGUCGGCUGGGCCUCUCAGAGCCAGGGUCUCAGAGCCCAGCCGGUGUCUACAGUGGAUGGUGCGCCUGUCCUAGAGAGGAGUACCUUGACUGCUGAGAUGCAGUGGGCAGCUAGGGAGGAGGGCUGCCCCCGGACAGCCACCGCUGUCACAGACAGGUCUGUUAGGUGGCCGCAGUCAUCCUCACCACCUCCAUUCCUACCAACCACUGUUGAAGCAGAGCCGACUGAGGGCUUGGUUCCUGGCUUGGCCAAGAAUGGCCAGGAGCCUGGGCGGCCAGGACUUCCAGUCACCUUCAUUGAUGAAGUAGACUCAGAAGAGGAGCCCUCCCAAGAAGCCCAACUGCCCUCCUCAGCAGUUGGUGGGUCCCCCCAGUACCGCCUGCACCUUGCCAGGCCUGGGCACACUGCAGAGCUCCCGAACCGAGGCAGCAACACUUUCAUAGUGGUGCCCAAGAGGAAGCCAGAGACCCUUCAGGAGCCACACUUCAGUCGGGCCAAUGGGCAGUCCCAGCAGCAGGAGACUGAGGAACAGGACGCUGACAGCCUCUCAGGACCCCACCCAGCCCUGGAGAACACCCUUAAGAAACGCUACCCCACUGUACAUGAGAUUGAAGUGAUUGGUGGUUACCUGGCCCUGCAGAAGUCCUGCCUCAUCAAGGCUGGCUCUUCCAGAAAAAAGAUGAAGAUCUCCUUCAAUGACAAGAGCCUGCACACAACAUUUGAAUACCCUUCUGAGAGCUCCCUGGCCCAAGAAGAAGAGGAGGAGGAGGAGGAGGAAGAGGAAGAUGGUGAAGAGGAAGAAGUGGGGCUUGACUCAGAGAAGUCCUUUUCCCUCUUCCUGCCCCGGGCCACAUUUGUAAGCAGUGUGGGACCUGAGAGCCCCCGACUACCAGAUGGCAGCUCAGGCCUGUCCAGCUACACUCCCAAGCAUUCCAUGGCCUUCAGCAAGUGGCAGGAGCAGACACUGGUGCAGGCUCCAAGUGAGGUGGAACUCCCACCAAAGGAGGUCAUGCUCACACCUGCCAGUCAGAAUGAUCUCUCGGACUUCCGCAGCGAGCCAGCCCUCUAUUUCUGACCCCUGGAGCUGCCAGGAUGGCUAAGACUUAGCCCCAGGUGUGGUGGUUCUAGAAGCCAGUCAAUGCCCAGGAGCCCUGACUUUAUUCUGUACCCCUUCCAUCUGGCUCUUCGGGCCUUCCUCUCUCCCUGUCGCCUUCUACCUUUAGGUUUAGGUCUGAAUCUCACUCCCCUUUAGGGGUGCCAAGGAAGAACAGGUGGGAACUGCCUAUGGGACAGGCUGACAUCUGUCCAUAACAUCCCAUCUGUGAUGAGGUAGGGAGCCUGAACAGACCUUGCACCAGAGUGCUGUCUGUCCUGCCUCUUGGCUCCUACCUUCUGGGGAGGGGCCACUGUCAGGAGUGAGAGGCUGUCCUAGCUAUUUGCUCUUUGUUGAAUGAACCCCAAGCUCCUGCCCUUAGUCCAUGAUUCUACUAUGGUGGCACCCUUCAUGAUAGAUGAUAGGGUAUUUUUUUUUUCCUUUCUGAUAUUGGACUCAAUAAACAACACUGUAACAAG